AUGGCGGAUGAGAAGGUCGCCGUCGGCACUGAGGCCCGCUUUGACGAUGUCGCUACGAAAGAGGGGUCUGUGACUGACCUGGACCACCUGGGCUACAAGGAGGAACUGAUCAGGACGCGUUCCCUCUACACCAUCCUGUUCCAAAGCUUGGCCAUCGCUGCCGUGCCGUUCGGCGAGGGCACCGCGCUGACCAGCGCCAUCAUCGGUGGUGGCCAGUUGGCAUACUUCGUGGGCUGGAUUGUCGUUUGCAUCCUCGAUCAAUGCAUUGCCAUGUCACUCAGCGAGCUGGCAUCUCGUUUCGCCACUUCUGCCGGCCCUUAUUAUUGGGCAUUCCAGUUGCAUAGAGGAAAAGGACGCACGGCUCUGUCAUUCUUUACCGGCUGGGCAUUCCUGAUUGGCAACUGGACCAUUGCGCUGUCUGUGAAUUUCGGCUCCGCGUCUCUUAUCGCUGGAACGGUCACGAUUUACCAUCCUACAUGGUACGCCAACUCGUGGCAGCUCCUCCUCAUCUUCUACGCGUUCACCAUUGGCAUCUUCUUCGUCUGCGCAUAUGGCAAUCGAAUCCUCCCAUACAUUGACACGGCGGCAUCGAUCUGGAACGGCUUGACUAUCCUCAUCGUCUGCAUUGGACUCUCCGUUGCAGCAGGCGUUGGGCGACACAGCGUGGCGGAUACAUUGGGAUACUACGACACUGCGCUGAGCGGUUGGGGUGGCUUCACCUUCUUCAUCGGCCUUCUCCCCGCGGCCUACACGUUCGCGGCCCUCGGCCUCAUCACCUCGAUGGCAGAGGAGUGUCGGGAUGCAGCAGUCGACCUGCCGCGAGCCUUGAGUCUAUGCAUCCCCAUUGCAGGCGUGGCCGGCCUCUUCUUCAUCCUCCCCAUCUGCGCCACCCUCCCACCCCUCAAGGCCAUCUUGAACGCGCCAGCCGGCCAAGCCCUCCCCUACGUCUUCCACGUCGUCAUGGGCACCCCCGGCGGCGGCCUGGCGCUGAUGUUCUUCAUCAUCAUCAUCGCAGUCUUCUGCUCCAUCAGCAUCACGACCGCCGCCUCGCGCUGCACCUGGGCCUUCUGCCGCGACGGCGCUGUCCCCUUCCACUCCUUCUGGGCCAAAGUCAACAAAGAUCAAGUCCCGCUCAAUGCGCUCCUCCUCUUGACGGGAGUGCAAAUGCUCCUAGGCCUCAUCAAUCUCGGCAGCAGCACCGCCUUCACCGCUUUCGCCUCCGUAGGUACCAUCGCGCUGGCCGUCGCGUACGCCACGCCGGUCCUGGUAAGCGUGCUCGAAGGCCGCCGCGCCGUGUCGACUGCUCGCUUCCAUUGGCCUGCUGCUGUCGGGUGGACGGUAAACCUUCUUGCCAUCUCCUGGGUGGCGUUCCAGGUCGUGCUGUUCAGUAUGCCGACAUCUCUCCCCGUCACGAUCACGUCGAUGAACUGGGCUUCUGUGGUGUUUGUGGGGUUCAUGGCGAUCAGUGCCAUCUAUUAUGCUUUGUUUGCGCGCAAGUUCUACACCGGACCUCCAGAGUCGGAUGCGUUGUGA